CCACGCCCCGAGGUUGGGACCCUCCCUCCGCACUGGGCCGGUGGCGCUUGUUGUUCAGCGGCGGCGGCUGAGCUCGGGUGCAACCUCGGGCCUGCCGCCGCCGCCAGGGCGCUUGGCCAUGGAGCUGGAGGUGCCGGACGAGGCGGAGAGCGCCGGGGGGGGGGCCGUGACGGCGGAGGCGGCCUGGGCGGCGGAGAGCGGGGCGGCGGCAGGUAACGGCCUGGCUCAGAAGAAGGCAGCCCUGGCAGAGGCCCCGUCGAUGACUGGACAGCCUGGCCCCGGCCAUGGAAAGAAGCUGGGGCACCGAGGCGUGGACGCAUCUGGCGAGACCACCUACAAGAAGACCACAUCCUCCACUCUUAAGGGAGCCAUCCAGCUGGGCAUCGGCUACACCGUGGGCAACCUGAGCUCCAAGCCUGAGCGAGAUGUCCUCAUGCAAGACUUCUAUGUGGUGGAGAGCAUCUUCUUCCCCAGUGAAGGCAGCAACCUCACCCCUGCCCACCACUUCCAGGAUUUUCGGUUCAAGACGUAUGCUCCGGUUGCCUUCCGCUACUUCCGGGAGCUCUUUGGGAUCCGGCCGGAUGAUUACCUGUACUCGCUGUGCAAUGAGCCGCUCAUCGAGCUCUCGAACCCGGGCGCCAGCGGCUCCCUCUUCUACGUCACCAGUGACGAUGAGUUCAUCAUCAAGACCGUGAUGCACAAGGAGGCCGAGUUCCUGCAGAAGCUGCUGCCCGGCUACUACAUGAACCUCAACCAGAACCCCCGCACGCUGCUGCCCAAGUUCUACGGGCUGUACUGUGUGCAGUCGGGUGGCAAGAACAUUCGCGUGGUGGUCAUGAACAACGUGCUUCCGCGGGUCGUCAAGAUGCACCUCAAGUUCGACCUCAAGGGCUCCACCUACAAGCGGCGUGCCAGCCGCAAGGAGAAGGAGAAGAGCCUGCCCACCUACAAGGACCUGGACUUCAUGCAGGACAUGCCCGAGGGGCUGCUACUUGAUGCCGAUACCUUUGGCGCCCUGGUCAAGACACUACAGCGCGACUGCCUGGUGCUGGAGAGCUUCAAGAUCAUGGACUACAGCCUGCUGCUCGGCGUCCACAACAUCGACCAGCAGGAGAGGGAGCGGCAGGCGGAGGGUGCUCAGAGCACAGCGGACGAGAAGCGGCCAGUGGGCCAGAAGGCGCUCUACUCCACCGCCAUGGAGUCCAUCCAGGGUGGUGCCGUGCGCGGCGAGGCCAUCGACACCGACGACACGAUGGGUGGGAUCCCAGCUGUGAACGGACGCGGAGAGCGGCUGCUGCUGCACAUAGGUAUCAUCGAUAUCCUGCAGUCCUACAGGUUCAUCAAGAAGCUCGAGCAUACCUGGAAAGCCCUUGUCCAUGAUGGGGACACAGUCUCUGUCCACCGGCCCAGCUUCUACGCUGAACGCUUUUUCAAAUUCAUGAGCAACACGGUCUUUCGGAAGAACUCCUCCCUGAAGUCCUCACCGUCCAAGAAGGGGCGCAGUGCCCUCCUGGCUGUCAAGCCCCUGGGGCCCACAGCAGCCUUCUCAGCUAGCCAGAUCCCCAGCGAGCGAGAAGAUGCACAGUACGACCUUCGGGGGGCCCGCAGCUACCCCACCCUGGAGGAUGAAGGGCGGCCCGACCUCCUGCCCUGCACUCCACCUUCCUUUGAAGAAGCCACCACCGCCUCCAUAGCCACGACCCUGUCAUCCACCUCCCUCUCCAUCCCUGAGCGGUCCCCUUCUGAGUCCUCAGAGCAGCCUCGGUACAGGCGGCGCACACAGUCGUCCGGACAGGAUGGCCGGCCCCAGGAGGAGCCACAUGUGGAGGAAGACCUGCAGCAGAUUACUGUGCAGGUGGAGCCCACAUGCAGCGUGGAGAUCGUGGUCCCCAAGGAGGACCCAGGGGUGGAGGCCUGCCCAGCGGGGGCCUCUGCAUCCACCGCGGAAGCAGAAACCACCAGCCAGGCCUCAGAGCCCGCCAGCCAGGCCUCGGAUGAGGAGGACGUGCCCGCCACUGACAUCUACUUUCUCGCCGAUGGGAGGUACUGGAUUUACUCCCCCCGCCAUCGCCGUCUGCGGGCCGUGACGCUGAGCUCCUCGGGGACUCCCACCGACGACAGGAGCUGGGUGUACUCCCCGCUCCACUAUAGCACGCAGCCCCAGCCCUCCGACGGCGAGAGUGACACAUAAUUUCUAUGCAGUCCCCCACCUGGGACCAAGCGCCCGCCACCACCUCAGCCGCUUCCCAGAGGCGCUGCCUGCCCAGCUGAGGCCCAGAGCUCGGGGACAUGCCGCCCUGCGGCCAACCCCAGCCAACCUUGUCCUCGUCCUGCCCCUGAUGGAUGCCACCGGCCGAGCCCCUCCCCACCCCGAUGCUCCGCAGGCCACGCAGCGACCCUGGGCCGCCCGCACUGCACCCACCAGACAGCAACCUUCCGGAGCGUCCUGUCCUGUAUUUAUUUUGGGUCCUUAUUCUUUGCACAGACAGAGGCAAGUGGUGCUUUUUAGGGGAAAAGAGACAAACCGGAAAAGGAAGACACUCCACACCACCGCACUUUGGUCCUUUGCCUCCACUGCAUGUGUCCCACAGGGACGAGGCCAUUCCUUGGGACCUGGGCUGCUCGGGCCUGGCUGCCCAGGUGAGGCUCACACUCCAGGACAGGCCCCCAGGUGCCUCUUCCUGCUGUCUCGCUGUCCUCUGUGCUGGGGCUGCCCCUCCCGGCAGCAGAUCCUCCCGUGCUUGGCUCAGGUGUGGGGGCCUCAGUGCAGGACGGGCAUCCUCAGGAGUGGCCCCCAGUGGCUCAGUGUUGUGGGACAUCCCCAGACCCAGGUGCCCGUGAGCAAGAAUGCCCAGGUCGUUAUAUUCCCGCCCCAAUGCUGCUGACCCUCCCGCCAGAGCUCAGGGCUGUGGACUUGUCUGCCUCUUCCCAGCAUGGUUCUCAUGGUUCCCAGAGUCAGAGCCUCUGACUUCCAGAGCGGCUAGGCUGGGCCUUUGGGUGCAGGAUCGGAGACCAGGUGUCCUGGGGCGGGCACUUCUGAUGCUCAAGCUGCUAUCACACGUGACGGCCACCACAGGGCGGGUCCAGGAGCGUUUCCUCUGGGUGUCCCUCUCGUGGCCACACUGUCCAGAGGGUGGGAGAGGGCAUGUUGGUGAUGGUCCGCAGGCCCUGGCCUCUCGGAUCCCCAACACAGAGCCCCAUGGGAGGCAGUGGGAGGGGCUUGGAGCUGAAGCCACACCUCCCAGAAGAACAGCAUCAGCACCAACCCAUCCAGGAAUUUGAUUUUUUUUAAGCCCUCUGCAAGAUGCCAGACAGCUGUCUAGGCCUCUUCUGGUGUCCCUUCUGCAGUGGGGACAUAGUGGGGAUCUGUCUGCUCUUCCCUGAGCCACCAACAGGAAACCCAUAUUCCCGCCCAGACCCUCACAGGACCCAGCUGCUGCCGUGGCUCUGAGGAUCUAUCCCAGGGAGCCCGAUUGGGGUCCCCAGCCCCAGAAAGGGUUUGUCCAGGCCCCAGAGACAGCUGCAGCAUCACCUUGCCCAGGCCCCCAAGGACAUGGUCCCACUGCAGAAGGUGGAGUCUGGAAGUCAGCACUGUCGAGAAAGAAAAUGGUUUGUGUGGCCCCCAGUGAGUCACAGCCUGUAUACAGCGCUGGGGGCCGGCGAAAUCUUGCAGCCCUCUUGGCUGGAUGUCCCAACAUUCCCAUUUUUGUGUUAAUCCCCAGAGGCCCUGUGGGGAUCCACAUCAUGUGGGCUGCUUGUUUCAUUCCUUUUCAGAGUAUUGCAAAAAGGAUGCUGAAGUGUCCCCCAGACUGUUUCAAGGGGCCUCACUUGCUUAUCAUUUCGGGCACAGUGGGCUAGACAGGAGAGACCUAUUCAUGACAUGUGGCAAACUCAAGACUUUCCUCAGACUCCAGGAGGGAGGCCCUGGGUGCACCCGGCUGUCCCCACUCCUGUUAGACUUGUAAAUAUCCCAAUGACCCAGCUCCUUCCUGCCUCACCUCUCCAGACGGCUGCUCUUGCAGACCCUGGACAAUGUCCGAAUCCCUGUACUGUAAAAAUGGAGAGGCAUUUUCUUAGACUGGCAAGGUGGAAAUUUCCAUGUGUCCCCUUCCAGCCUGUCCCCCUCCCCUCAGGCCAUCCCAACUGUCCUCAUUCACCUCCACACCUGGCUCAGUGCAAUACUCCUGUCCCUGCGGGGUCCGUUGCCAGGGUACUGUCGCCACAGCCCCUCUGUCGCCCCCCACCCAGGACGAGCAUCCCCUCCACACACACCUCCUCCUCUCCGGUGAUUACAAGUUCCAUUGCCCAGGCCAGCCCAGUCUCCAUGUGGCUGAACCAUUUCAGAACAAAAAACUGCAAACUUCGUGUCUUAACCCACUGGGAGUCCCUCAUCAUCAGUCCCUGUGGUCUGGUGUGUGACAAUCCGGAGCAUGGCUUCCUGUGGCACCAGUAGCCAGGCCGUGUCCUUCCAGCCCAGACCUGUGGGCGCCCCUGACAGUACAGCUGCCACUGGCCCCACAGAAUACCGUAUGUGGUCCAGGCCCCACCUGCCCCAUUCCCACACACCCCCUCUUUUUACGUUGAAGAGAUCUCUAAUAAAUCGGGUAUACACAUCA